AUAAUAGACAAAGACAACAAUACAAAAAUAAUUAUUUCUGAUCAUGGAGUCUGUAACAUCAGUAUGGUUGAAAAUUUUCUCAUUCCCUAGAAAAAAGAAAAUGAUUUAGCUGCCCGUCGCAGCUGAUUAGUGAUUAGUGCCAAUUACUAAGUCCUCCUUGAUCUUUAGUGUACCUUCAAUUUUUGUGAUACAUUUCUUUUCAACCUCAUCAUGUCAAUGCAGAGCCGAAAUUUACCUGUAGGAGUCAGGGUAGUUCUUGGUAUUUCAAGGAAAUGUUGCGCCAGAGUAUCCUUCAAUCGUAACGUUCUAAACCAAAGUCUAGUUUUCUUUUUGACGUUUAUGUCGUACACAUUCUACCAUGCAGCCCGAAAACCAAUUAGUGUCGUUAAAAAUGUACUGAAUCAAAAUUGUUCGAAUUUAAUACCACCUACCAACACAACCGAUGAUAACUGGUGUGACUGGGCACCUUUUGAUGGCCCAAAUGUCAAAGUUUUACUGGGUUACUUGGAUUCCUCUUUCCUCUUCUCGUACGCCAUAGCAAUGUUCUUCAGUGGUUUCAUUGCUGAAAGAGUGAAUCUUCGCUAUUAUUUAAGUACUGGCAUGAUUUUAUCUGGUCUGUCCUGCAUCUUAUUUGGAUUAGCUUAUGAGAAUCAAAUCCACUCUCUCACGUAUUUCAUCAUUGUUCAGAUGUUUGGUGGUAUAGUUCAGACAACUGGCUGGCCUGGUGUUGUUACUGUGAUGGAUAACUGGUUUGGAAAAGGGAAGAAAGGCUUUAUUUUUGGCGUUUGGAAUUCUCAUACAUCUGUCGGUAACAUUGUUGGGACUCUAAUAGCUAGUCGUUUUGUUGAAACCAAUUGGGGACUAUCAUUCAUAGCUCCUGGUGCCUUGAUCGCUAUUGGAGGGGUCUUGGUAUUCCUAUUUCUCAUCCCGGAUCCCAAAGAUACUGGAUGUAACAUUCCAACUUCUCCCAUCACCAGGAAGAAUCUCCAACCACAGUCGAGAGGAUUGCUUGAUGGGAGGUAUGAAAGAAUUAACACUCAACCGUACUCAGAGGAAGAGGAGUCAUCUCAAAUUGAGAGCGAUCUUUCUGACGAUCAAUGCAAUGCAGAUGAAUCUGAGACUAAUGGCAAAGUUCGAACUGAAGGCAGCCCCAUUCUCUCCAAUAUGCCUGAUAAACCUGUUGGCUUUUUCAAAGCAUUAGUAAUUCCAGGUGUCAUGGAAUACUCCCUGUGCUUAUUCUUUGCUAAAUUAGUCAGCUACACUUUCCUGUAUUGGCUACCUCGAUACAUAAAAUCAUCAACUACAUUAAGUGCAUCGACGAGUGCAGAUGUUUCCACAUUCUUUGAUGUUGGUGGUAUCUUCGGCGGUAUCAUUGCAGGUGCUCUCAGUGACUCUACCAACAUGAGUGCAACCACAUGCCUAUUCAUGUUACUACUUGCUGUGCCUUCACUUUACUUAUAUGAUGUACCGGUUGUUUUUGAAAACCAAAUCAUCUUAACCGGUCUCCUUCUGGUGAGUGGUGCCCUGGUCAAUGGGCCGUAUGCCCUUAUAACAACUGCUAUAUCAGCUGAUCUUGGAUCACAACAUUCAUCACGAGCUUUGGCCACUGUUACUGCAAUCAUCGAUGGAACUGGAUCAAUAGGUGCGGCUUUGGGGCCUCUCCUGGCUGGUCUUGUUGGUAACUGGUUCGGCUGGAUCAGUGUAUUUUACAUGUUAAUGUUAUCAAAUACUUUUGCAAUUUUGCUUUUAUCAAGGUUAGUAUGGAAUGAAUGGAAACAUUUCUGCAACACACGAAGGAUAGACUGAGAGAUAUGAAUUUCUUAUUAACGAGGGGAAAAAAAGGAAAGCAAAAGUCGCAGCAUCAAUUUUCUGUCACUGUAUAUUUAUGGCUUAAUAUUUUUUUAUGAAUGAUAUUUUUUUCCUUUUUUUCUACAAUGAUAUUUUAAGCAAAGAAAUUUCUAUUUUAGGUAUCUAUGUUUAUAUAAAUAUAAUUAUUAGAUCAUCUUAUUUCUAGUAAAUCAUUGUUUUCAACUUCUUUUAAGAUGAAAGAGGACUGAUGUAUUUUGAUCUCAAAAAGAAAAUUAGAAACUUUUGCCGCAGGUUUAAGUUGAUGUUUUUCAACUGCUUAACAUCUUUAAAUUUUGUAAAUUAGCUCCUCGAACAAUGCCUUUAAAUUUUGUACAUUUUUUUUUUUUUUUUUUUUUUUGCAAUUUUUUCUGAAAUAUUAUCAGAUUAUUUUUAUUUUUGGUUGUAACAGACUUUUCAGUCCAUGCAACAGUCUUUCAUUUUUUAAAUUUCUAAUUAGCGUUGUUAACUUGCAUUUUAAAUAUCAGAAACUCAAAGGUAUCUGAAUGUUAGUUCCUCUUUGGCACCGGCCAAAAUUUAAGAGUUGCUCAACCCGCUUUUGGGGGCAGGAUUGUACAUUACAAUUUUCAGCAAACACUGUAAGUCGUAUACUUUUCUUCAAAUUUCUGGUAACCUCUCAGAGAUAGGGGCAGUGUAACUUUUGAUUAGCUCCUAUUUGCUUUUACAAUAUUUAUGAAAUUAAUUUUAUGUAAUAAGUAGAGCUGUUUGAAGAAUGAAUCGCAGAAAAAAAUAGUUUGAAUUACCUAGUUUACUUUCAAACUUUGGUGCAAGUACUGUGAAGCCGCAUGAUUACGUAUCUGUGCCUUUGUGGGUACCUACUUCUAGCUGAAAGCUGAUUUUACCCUCUCAGCUAAGAAGUGCAGUGUGUCUUGAUCAUUCUGAGCAAAAGAAGAAAAUACAAUUUGGCCAAAAUGUGAUUGGUAUCAGCAAUGCUUUUUUAGGAAUGUUUGUUAAACUAGAUUAGUGGCCUCUGACUUUCAGUAAAGCUGCUCAUAUUUUGGGUCAUUUGCCCCCCCCCCCCAAUCAACCAUGAUAAUUUUGAGUUUCCUUAACUUGUAAGAGACAUGAUUGAAGAUUAGACGUGCUCACAAAGUGAAGGUAAUGACAAACAACACAUGAAGCUCGAAUUACCGAACUUCACUCAAUUCUGACAUUGUAUGAAUUGACUUUCUAUUAAGUCAAUUUUAAGGCAAAAUUUCAUCUUAUUCAAAUUUCCCCCUUUACUUAAAUUUCUCCUUCUCUACUAACAGCAACUGUGAAGUCAUUUAAUGAGAUUAAACAUUGUGAAACUAACUUUAGGGUAUAAAGUUACAAUUUUAAAUUUAGAAUGUAAUGCCAUACUGAGAGAAAAAAUAACAAUAUUCAAAAUAAUGAUUAAUGGACCAUUUGAUUAUCCCUGCAAAGGGUUAUUUAUCCCAACAUGAGAUUUUAACAUUUCCUUCCAUGUAGUAACUAGACAUGCAUGGAUAAGUAUUUAAUAACAACCUCAUUACCCAGGUUGAUCUUGAACCAUUUCAUACAUAGAUGGACCCAAAAGUAAUGCGACUAACAAUUCUUCUACAAACAAAUAAAUGGAAAAAAUUACCUUUAAAACCAGCCCUUUAUUUGGUAAAAAAUAGUAUGAGUUCUGAUGUUCUAAAAAUCGUUUAUCGUGGGGUAUUCUUGCGAAUUUGCAGCCCAUUUUUUAAACAGAAAACAAGCAAAAUUGAAGUCACAAAAGCAAAACUUCAUGAGCGCAUUUCUGAUCCAACAAGAUUCGAACUUUCAAUUCCUCCUCUCACCAUUGAGGUGCAGAUCUAUUCUUCUUGCUUUUUUUUUUUGCUCGUGAAAGAACCUCUUUGGGGACAACUUGUGUGUAUACCAUAGCUGACAUGAAAAAUUCAAGUUCCUAAAAUUAGGCUGAAGGUAAGAUAAACUGAAAUCAAAUGGUUUGCAAUUAAAAUUUACAAUGUGAUGCCAGCAGCAACCAAAAAGCCACGACAGACAGAGAGAUUACUAAACUCUUUGCUCUCCUUUAAUUAUUUCUCUAGAAAUAAGCCUUGUACCUUCUUGAUUUCUUUGCGGACUUAACUAAUUAUAAGUCAUUUUAUUUACCACGAAAUUUUAUGUACCUAAAAACCGACCAUCAUCAUAUAUCUACAAUUGCAUCCACCAAUUCUGACGCGUAUUGUAUUUUUUUAGAAGACUUAUUUAUCACUGUGACAAGUAAAAAGUAAAUAAAAUUUGUUCCAUAAAUAUUAUAUGCCGAAAUGAAAUUGUUUCUUGUUAUUGGUUUGUGUUUAAGAUAAUGAACCUGUGUUGAGGUUUGUUUUUGUUUGGUAAAUCCUACAUCAUUUUUGUACCUGGUAACUUGAGGCGUAUCUUUAGGAAUUGAUGGUGAGAAAUUUUUACAAGCAGGCACGUCAUUACUGCAUUUUGAUUUUUAUAAUAAACUACUCCAUGAGAGUUCGUAUAGUCGUAACAUGAGUCUUCGAAUCAAUGUCAAAUCAAAGAGAAUUUUGUUAAAAUAAAAGAGAUUUUCAUUUAAU